AUGCUGCCUGUAUCACUUAUUAACACAAUUUCUAUUGGUAUAUUGAUUUUACUUGCCUUUAUUAUUUUGGAAUAUAUUUACAACAGUAUCCAGCAGUUUCGUUUGUACAAGGCCUAUACUUGUCAUAGUCCACGAAUUUUUACCUUACCCUUUCAUCAGCUAGUAAACUAUAGGCUUUAUGAGCUUGCCCUUCAACAGUAUCUGGCCGGUAUCGCGAUACAGCAUGUAGAGGCUUACGAUAGACAUCUUGUUGAGAAUGAAAACAUUGUACUAUGUGAGAGAAAAUACAAGCAUUUGAAAAGCGAGUUAAGAUUUUUGAUCUGGGCAUCACAUUUGUGGAGCACCAUCAAAGGUAUCUUUCGCGACUCAAAAGGUAUGGGCAAAGCCAUUAAGACGUGGAAAGAGAAAAUGAAAAGGAUUGCUUUUUCCUCUUCCGAUAAACAAGACGCUAGUCAUCAGAAGGCUGAGAUACAAAAAGCAGAGUCAUCUUCAAUCAUUAUCCAGAACAGCAGUUUAGCUGUUGAACAGAACGAUCGUUCCUGGGAUCAAAGGGUACACCACAACGAGAACGGUCCUGCGGAUGGCGUUCAGCACCAAACUGACUUAAGAAAAACGCUCAAUGCAUGCUUGAAAUUCAACAUGGAAAAGAAUGAAAAGGGUCAGUCCCUUGUAAUUAAAUCAGAUGAAACCAGCCUAUCGGUGGUGGGACUCUACCUGGGUGAAGCACUCGCGCAAAAUGAUCGUAAACAUAUCACACUGCGUCUUCGUAAGACAAAGGUAGAAGUGGUACCGCAAAACAAACAACUAUAUCAUACUAAGGACAUUGUAAAAUCUGAUUCCGUCACUAAGAGCGUUGAUAGUCCUGACGCUUCUAUUCAAGCAACAAAACAAUUUACGAAGAAUGCACAAGAUGGCUGUCUCGACGAAGUUGACGACUGCGCAAGCCACGAAUUAUUCCUGGAAACACAAGCAAUUUCAGAACCUAGUAGGAUAUUGUCGUCGCCAUCCCAAAAUCCCUCCACACAGCUAUCCCCAACGUGCGAUCCGAAUUCUGUUCAAUCGCUUUGGGGAGCAAUUAUUCGUCAGGAAGCUUCCCGCAUCAGGUCCGAGCUAUCCUGGGAAAAGGAUGUCCAUGAGAAUGCGCUGCGCGUGGCUUUUCACCUUAGCAUGGCUGCCCAAAUCAGCCCGUUGCUUCUGGAGCGCAUAGGCCCACGGAUUGUGCGGCGAUGGCUACUUCACUUACAGCAUAUGCGUCCAAGCUACACCACACUUUUCAUUUCCAGUGGUGUGCAUGAUGAAGGACUCCAAAGGAGAGGAAGUGACGCCACUUUUGACAAGACCCUAUUAUGCAGCCCGCACUCGUUUGGUCCCUCACAGAUUCCAGAUGGUCAUGAAAAGACCAAGAAUGGGGACUGCCUCAUCCAGCGAACCCAUGGGGGUGAGAUUCUCCACCCAUCCGGUGCUACAUCUGCGGUUGAGCAGGGUGGUGGCCCUGUUGCACUGCAAACGGGGGAAACGCAGCGUCCAAAGACCCCAUCGCUCGGGGAAUCGGGCCCCCUGGGUGAACUUUCACCCAACACCGCGUUCGAAAGCGACGAGCGGCACGUGUGCCUUGAGACUGACCGCGUGCCGCCUGCUCAAACAUGGAAGGGGGAUCCUGCGGGAUUCCUCUCCAAAAGAGAAGGUUCCAACCUCUACCAUCCAGAUUCACCGAAGCGAUGCCCCGCAGGAGGCGUUAAUACGAAUCCGCAGAAUCAUAUUCACAGUCCCUCCACCACGCUCGUUCCGAACAGCAAUGCCUUGCGGGCGUGUUCCUGUGGGCCUGGAAAUCAGACUUCUCUAAAUUGCCCGAGUGGUCCGAGUAAUCGAAAACUACCCCAAACCAUGAUCAGGUGUUUUCCUCUUGAUGCUCAGGAUACCGCCAUGCUACCUAGGGCCCAUGAUCAGCGGACUUCGUACAUCAUUGGAGCUGAUCGUGACUCUCUACUACGGGCAAUCACUACCGACGCGACACGCACGUUUGCUCAUGGGUUUACCAACUUUGUGUGCUUCUACACGGCAAAUCUCGAAAGGGAAACGAUGCGUCGCCACGAAGCGAAAAAAAAAUUGCAGAAAUUUGGAAAAAUGCGUUUUCAAUCAAACGAAUCUUCAGAUUCGGCGUUCAGGAUAGAUUCAAGUGCUGACGAUACUGCUACUGGGAGUCCGAUUAGCAGAGCUCCUAGUGAAUCUUGCGGAAAAAAGGUAAAGAAUGUGGACCCAUCACUGCCGAAUUUUCCGCCCCUAGUCUCAUCGAGCACUCACUCUGAGUACUUCACAACUGAUGGCAAAGAUGGUGUUAACUGUGCUCCUAUAAUGAAACCUAAAAGUGAGCAUUCUACACUUAGAAGGCCACGACAUGUUUUUUCGAAUGGUGACGACAACGUCGAUCGAUGGAAUGUGAAAGGAAAGCUUUCAUAUUCCAAGUACUUCCAGAAGUUACCUGAUGAAUCCGUUAAUGAAAAGAGACAUGUAGACGAUCAGGGUUUCCAGGAGGACAAAAAGACGUGCCACGAUCAUUGCGUGCCCACUCCAGUUAGCGCCCCAGGACAGAGCUACCUCAUUCAACUGGCUCUUGCGCCUAGUAUGACGCUAAAUUUUCAUGAAUACCCACUUGGUUGCCGCAAAGCUUGUCCUUUCCGAGAGGUCGUAGAACGGCAUUGUCUGGAAGCAGGAGACUUAAUACCUGCAAAACAUGACGCCCAAACUCCUUAUACGUCGGAAAAGUUCAAUACAAAGAGAGCACCAGAUAAACGACCCUGGUACAGCUUCCUAUUGAGCACUAAACGGUUCUUGACUGCAGCGAAAGGGCAGCAUAACAAGAUUGACGAUGCAAUUCCGAGACCACUAAUCGAGAGUCUGUAUGUGGAGUUGGGUCUCGAUGACGUGGAGAUAUCUGAGCUUGCCUUGGAUGCUUUAUGGAGCCGCCUAUGUCCUUAUCUCCCUUGCCCCUUAAAGUCCUGCAGAUUCUCUUCUCACUCCUUUAGUGCAGAUUCUUUCACCAACUUUGAUGAAGAUCCCACAGACCCUUCUGACGUGCGAGUUCCCCAGAAUCGAACCCAGGGUAUCUUCAGUGAGGGUACCAGGCGCAUGCAACGCGGCAAGGGGUGGAUAGGAGUAAACCCUGAAGGAUGCGAGGCGCAGGAUGUGGAAUUGAAAACGGGAAAGUUCAGUAGCUCGUUUCGCUAUACUUUGAAUAGCAGAGCUUCAUCCAACAGGCGACGACAACGACUCAUGGAAGGGUUGCAUAACCUCAAGAUGGAAAAGCUAAAACGUCAAAGUGGCUGUCAAGAAGUGGAGAUCGAGGAAGACGUGCCGGUUGGUAUGGCUGUCCUCCUUUUCGUUCCUUCGAUCAGAACCCCUCGGUUGCCGGGGGCUACUUUUGCUGAAUGUAGCAAUACAUCAGAGAACAAGGGAGUACUAACUAGCAGCAGGAAUACUGACGAAGCUAGCAAAGCCACCCCUCUAGAGGAGUUAGAAGAUACCACCGAGACCCAAAUCUUUGAUGCAUCAGCAACCACGGAAGUGGUGCUAAGCACCAGUCAUCAGAGCCUCCCGCAUGCUGAGGUGGGAUCUUGCUCACCCGUGGCCCACUUUAAUCCACCAGCCAUUGUGCUCCCAGUCCCUGAUGGUACGACAGCAAAAGUAAUUGAGGCUUAUACUGGUCCUGCGGAUGGUAUCACCUCCAUUGUGGUUGAGACACCACCUUUUUUAAGGGAACAGGGUGAGAUCAACGACAGUAGGGAAGUGGCGGGACAUGCUGAGCCAGCUUCCCCCCCGCUGACGGUUCAAUCGGCGCCUUCCUGUAUACCAGAGGAGGAGUCGGAACAGCAGGAGUGGGAUAUUGUUGUCUUGCUCUACGGCGCAACAACAAGCACCAUAUUGGAGGCCUUGCUUGAGGCUGAACAGGGCGCGUUGUACAAUGAGAUCUCAUAUGAGAAGAACAUGGUUCCGCCAAACGCGUGUGAAAAUGUUUAUAAAAACGAUGGAAGCGCAGAAGACUCGUCCUUUAGUUGUAUCUCUGGACAUUCUAGAAAUAUUAAUAUCAACAGACGAGGUGUAGGCACGCGUGACAGACAUAUGGGUAAUGAUAAUGUGAACACGUCCUUCACUUUUUCGCUCCCAAACUGUAGCUUUACAGAAGCAUUUGGGAAUGACUUUGGUUUGAUAUCAGAACACGUCCUUACUAGUAUGCGGUUUGCGUCAAUGGGCUCUGAUACGCAAAUGGGCUUUAAACAUGACUGCCCAUUGAUAGGCAACGAUGCACCAUGUGACAGUUCUGUCUUCUCUAAAAGUUCUAUAGCUUCUACUUCUCCGCUGUCGUGUACGACAUCCACCAUGCAUGUUCAACAUUCAUCGUUGCAACAACAGCAACAUGCAGCUAUUGUAGGAGACAGUUCACAUGGUGUGGGUGUGGUCUCUAUCCAUAGAGAUCCGUGCAGGGAUUUCCCUUCGAAUGCACCCACCUACCUUGAUGACAAGAUGUUAAAUUCCAUUAGAGAAGUGCAGAGGAAAAAUAGUGGUGAAAUCCUCCCACUCAAUAGAACCACUUCUAGUAUGACUUCUCCAUUGUUACUUCAAGAAUACGCUGGGACACCAUCCCCUGGGGUGGAUAGUUAUGCAGAACCAGGUGUUUAUCUUGUAAGGGACUUUAAAGAAGAACUCGAUGGCCUCGCGUCUGGUAACCAAGAAGCACCUCCUAGCAUCCCUAACGAUGUGCUUGCCCCGGUAUGCGACCCCAUUCGCUUCCCUCAAGGGUUGCUUUUGCCGAUUAAGCUGCUCUAUAUCCGUAUUGCAAACGAUCUCUACCGUGUCACUGAGGUUGUAGAUCAAUCUUUUACUCAAUAUCGAGAAAAGCGCGUCUUUAAAUCGAUGGAGGCACAACAACACAAUGUCAAGGGAGAGAAAGGAGGGGAGUCCUCCUCCCCAUCCGCGAGACUGUCCAAUGGUCCAAGUCAAAGUGUGAUCGAUCGCAUGAAAAGCGUUUUCAACACCCUCAUGAAUAAUAUUCCGAGUGAAUCUACAAAUCAAACACAAAGCCAAGGUCGUCCUCGAAGGAGGCCUUUUUCAAUGAAUACGGCUGCAUGCGAUUCAGUUUUUUCCAUCUCUCCGACCACCCCACCGGUGCCUCACAUGGAGUGCCAGUCCACGAAGAUGUGCUGGCAAUGCUUAAGCAGGGAGGCAAGGGUGAUUUUUCUGCCUUGUGGACACUUUGCAGCCUGCGAAAAUUGUUCCGAUGCAAUAAACAGGUGUUAUGUGUGCCAAACUAGGAUCCUCUCCACGAUCACUCUGCUCAAGUGA